CGCCGUUUUUAUCUGCCUCACCAGCUCCGGUUUCCCCCGUUCAGCCCUUUCCCCCGUCAACCACCGCCAUGUUUUUCUGAGGCAGGAUGACAGCAGAGAGCGAGUGCAGACGAAGACGGAUAAAAGACUGAAAAACCGUCGAGUUACAGCAUUAUUCGACCAGGCGACGGUCUAUUUUUUACUGCGGACUCGCGCGGAACUCUUCUCGGAUGGGAGGGGGUCCUCCCACAUAAAUAUAAAAUCCAGAAAUUAUCAUUUCCUUGAAGUUUAUACCAUGAAAAAGCAAGAAGUGAGAAGCAUUUCUGAAGAAGAAGCGAUUCCUGUCUGCUUUUAACUACCUCUACUGGCGAACAUACAGGAAUAACCAGACGGGCGAUCAACUGCUUUACCACAAGUCACCUGCUGUCAAAACUUUGUUUCUUAAAGCAAACUAGACCGAAGAAAAAAGAAACUACCUUUAAUCUAAAGUGAAUAGAGCACAUUUCAAAGAUGACGGGCAACAUCCCUGUUGACAUGAUCAACUUGAGGCUCAUCUUGGUGAGUGGAAAAACAAAAGAGUUCCUGUUCUCUCCAAACGACUCGGCGGCCGACAUCGCCAAGCACGUGUAUGACAACUGGCCAAUGGACUGGGAGGAGGAACAAGUAAGCAGCCCGAACAUCGUGCGUCUCAUCUAUCAGGGCCGAUUCCUACACGGCAAUGUGACGCUAGGAGUUUUAAAACUGCCUCUCGGAAAAACCACAGUGAUGCAUUUAGUUGCCAGAGAGACGCUGCCCGAGCCAAAUUCCCAAGGUCAGAGGAACCGGGAAAAGACUGGAGAGAGCAACUGUUGUGUGAUCCUGUAAAUGCGUCCCUUCAUCCCUCUGAAUGAGUGUGUCCCGUCACCCACCGCCCGAAGCUGCUUAAACAACUACUCACACCAGACUAGCAAGAGCCGGAGAGAAAAACACACACACGCAGAUCUGAGAUUCAAGCCAAAAGAUGAUCAUCCAACCUGGAGAGCAGCAUAUAAUAAAAGCGUCCCGCCUUCACACACACACACACACACACACACACACACACACACACACACACACACACACACACACACACACACACACACACACACACACACACACACACACACACUAUCUCUAACACCUUCAAGAACUCAUUGAAACACACCUUUUCUAACACCUCCAUGAACUCACUGAAACACACACACACACACACACAGCUUCUUCUGCCGGUUUGCACAUGGAGGAGGCCCUUGUUGAUCAGUUUUUUAUUGCACAUAGUAAACAUGAAUGAUUCAGUGAGGAUGAAGAGACUCCAGGCCCUCCAUUUCUUCCUCUCAGGAGGGAAGAAUGAAUUUACACAGGGUCUGAUGAACUUUUCACGUUUAACAGCGCAACCGCUGCAGAGGAGAUGCAUGAAAUACUAGCACACGCUUCACCGGCGGACUGUUCUGGUGAAGUGCUAAGCAGUGUCUGUCCAGGAGAACAAGUAUUGAUGUGCCUGAUGAUGAACGCUCGAGAAAUGUUUCUGGUUUGGAUGGCCCUUUUUAAUCCUGGAGAUUGCUGAAACGUUGAUUUGCAGGAGGGCGGAUCUCCGGACGUCUGCUUGGAAAGUCUAAAUAACACGUAAUGAAUAACUAAUAACAUUUGCGACUGUGUUUUGACAGUCAUCCAGUGUUUUCUUUAGAUUGAUCGGAGCUGCUCUCUUUUUUAGGAAGGGUCCGACUAUCCCUUUAUUUCCCCCUCCCAAGCGUAGUUGGUGUAAAUUAAUGCUUGCGUUUGGAGCCAGAAGAAAUCUGUGGAAUGAAGUUUGGCUUGGUUUCUAUUUCUCCCUACUUUUUAGAUAUAUAUAAAAAUUGUUUGCACAAGACAGAAACGUGAGCUGUUUCAUUUCUAAAUCGGUGUCAAUUUUUUUCUUUCCCCUUGUUUUUCCAAAUGGGAACCGUAUUGGAAGGUUACAUACGUGUAGAGUAUAUUUAAUAUGAAUCUUAUAGAGAACAUAACUAUAGAUUGUUGAUAUAUAUUGGUGUCUAGUGUAUGAUAGUUUUAAACAGUUAGCACAUUAGCAUUCGGAGCAGUGAGACGCUGACUAUGUCAUGUACUUUAACAGCAGCAACCCCCUCUCUAAUGGUUGAAGAAAUUACUGUACCGUGUUUUUGUUAUCAUUAUUUUUUUUUUAAAUGUUCAUAAUUUGAUAUAAUCUUCCUUUUCUUUGUAUGUGGUCUUUGCUUUUCUGCUUUUUAACACCGCACUCGGUCUGAAAAAUAUUGGUCCUUAUCAGGGUUUAAAUCUGUACAGAGCUGAAGUUUUUAAAAAGAUAAUUGUAAAUAAAACUAAUGCUUCUCAUUCUCUAAAAUACAAAUGGAAAUACAUCUAUAAACUGAAUAAAGAAUCCAGAUUAUUCAAGUCAA